AUGACUAAUACCAAUGGGAAUCGGGCUAUUCCGAUGGAGUGGUGGAUUGAUUUUGGAGCCAUUCGCCAUGUUUGUGCUGUUAGGGAAGCAUUUGCUACAUAUGCUCAUGCUGAACCCGAAGAGACGCUUUCUAUUGGAAAUGCUGCAACGGCCAAAAUUGAAGGAUGCGGGAAGAAUUUCUGUGCAAGGUCGCAGGUGCGAGAGGGAGGCCUCAGAUGGGGAGAAUUUGGAAGUGAGGCAAAGCCGCAGGUGCGCACAAAGGACCGCACUUGCGAGACCGCAGAUGCAGAUGGUGAGGACACGUGUCAGGACGGACAACCACCAGUAUGCCCAGUUGGGGACACUAGAGGUCGAGGUCGCGGUCGAGGCUGUGGUUGGGGCAGGGGUGUAAACCGCACAAUAGCUAAGGCAGCACCUAAAGAUCCACCAGCUACCCCAGUUCAGGAUCAUGUUCUAGUGGGGGAUGCUCCAGCAGGACCAGCUCAGGCGGUCGCAGUUUCUACUACAACACCUACUUCUCAGGCCUGGGGAGGCAUUCAGACUCCCGCCGGUUGUACACCCGAGCAGAAUGUUCAGGGACUGCAGACACCGGAGGCACCACCAUCCCAGCCGGUUGCACCGACUAAGGAUUAA